AUGUUACUCAAACUUUUAAUGCUGGCAAUGACUAUUUCCUCAAUUAUACAAUUAUUAUCCAUUUUAACUGUACCAGUUACACACACUUUGAAAUUAGCUCAAAAUGAUAAUUAUUCCUUCGGAGUGUUUGGAUAUUGUAAUAAAACAACUAAUUUUUGUACUAACAUUAAAAUUGGAUAUCAAACAAUAACAUCUGAUUCCAAUGAUUACGCUUUCACGUUACCCUCAUUGGCCAAACAUUCAAUAACUACCAUAUUAGUAGUGCAUCCGAUUGGAUUUGUUUUCAAUUCGAUAUUGGUAAUCUGUCUUGGGAUUUUGCUUUAUAACGAACGUUUUUUAUAUUCUAAAAACUAUAUCAUGGGCCUGUUAUUGUUAUCUUGGAUUUGUUUUAUCUUAUGUUUAUUGGGAUUUUUGGUUAAUCUAAUGUUAUUUAUACCUAAUUUAUGUUUAUUGGGUUGGUUAAAUUUGGUUUCCACAAUACUUAUAGUUUUCACUUCGUCUUUUUUAUGUGUUUUAAGACGAACAGCUUUUUUAAAAGAAUAUCAAUCUUUAUACAGUGAUAAUAACAUUUAUAUUGAAAACGACGAUAUAGUUGAGUCUGAUAAUAAUCACCCAAAUGAAUUUAUGUUGUAUCAUAUCGAUGAACAUACCAGGCAUAUAGAUUAA